AUUUUACAUGUUUAAAAGUUUGAUUGUGGGGUGUGGGUUGUUUUUUUAAAAAUAUGUGUUGGGGCCUUUUUUUGGGAUGGGAGGCGGAGGAGACCACUGAACAUCUUCACAUUUUGGAGAGGUUAUUCCCAAAAAUAUUCGCUCUGACAGUUAGGAAUGCCCAGGGCCACCGGGAUGACGCGCUUGCGCCGGUGUGGGUAGCUGAGAGUUGAAUGUCCGUGACCCUGGUACAGUUGGGUCCCGGAAGAUACCUAAAGGCACGCCUGGCCUUUGGGUGCCCCCUGCCCCGGGUUGGGGGCUCCAGGACGUCGGAAGAGUCGGGGGCUCCGGGCUCAGCCCCUCCGCGGAUUUUCCGCAUGAAGUUGCCUGCGCGUCGCAGGAGCGAAAUGUCAGAGAUUAAGAAUGACCCAAAAUAAAUUAAAGCUUUGUUCCAAAGCCAACGUGUAUACUGAAGUGCCUGACGGAGGAUGGGGCUGGGCGGUCGCUGUUUCAUUUUUCUUCAUUGAAGUCUUCACCUACGGCAUCAUCAAGACAUUUGGUGUCUUCUUUAAUGACUUAAUGGACAGUUUUAAUGAAUCCAACAGCAGGAUCUCAUGGAUAAUCUCAAUCUGUGUGUUUGUCUUAACCUUUUCAGCUCCCCUCGCCACAGUCCUGAGCAAUCGCUUCGGACACCGUCUGGUGGUGAUGCUGGGGGGGCUACUUGUCAGCACCGGGAUGGUGGCCGCCUCCUUCUCACAAGAGGUUUCUCAUAUGUACGUCGCCAUCGGCAUCAUCUCUGGUCUGGGAUACUGCUUUAGUUUUCUCCCCACUGUAACCAUCCUAUCACAAUAUUUUGGCAAAAGACGUUCCAUAGUCACUGCAGUUGCUUCCACAGGAGAAUGUUUCGCUGUGUUUGCUUUCGCACCAGCAAUCAUGGCUCUGAAGGAGCGCAUUGGCUGGAGAUACAGCCUCCUCUUCGUGGGCCUACUACAGUUAAACAUUGUCAUCUUCGGAGCACUGCUCAGACCCAUCAUCAUCAGAGGACCAGGGUCACCGAAAACAGUCAUCCAGGAAAAUCGGAAAGAAGUGCAGUAUAUGCUUGAAAAUGAGAAAACACGAACCUCAAUAGACUCCAUUGACUCAGGAGUAGAACUAACUACCUCACCUAAAAAUGUGCCUAGUCACACUAACCCGGAACUGGAGCCGAAGGCUGACAUGCAACAGGUCCUGGUGAAGACCAGCCCCAGGCCAAGUGAAAAGAAAGCCCCGCUGUUAGACUUCUCCAUUUUGAAAGAGAAAAGUUUUAUUUGUUAUGCAUUAUUUGGUCUCUUUGCAACACUGGGAUUCUUUGCACCUUCCUUGUACAUCAUUCCUCUGGGCAUUAGUCUGGGCAUUGACCAGGACCGCGCUGCUUUUUUAUUAUCUACGAUGGCCAUUGCAGAAGUUUUCGGGAGGAUCGGAGCUGGUUUUGUUCUCAAUAAAGAGCCCAUUCGUAAGAUUUACAUUGAGCUCAUCUGCAUCAUCUUAUUGACUGUGUCUCUGUUUGCCUUUACUUUUGCUACUGAAUUCUGGGGUCUAAUGUCAUGUAGCAUAUUUUUUGGGUUCAUGGUUGGAACAGUAGGAGGAACCCACAUUCCACUGCUUGCUGAGGAUGAUGUCGUGGGCAUUGAAAAGAUGUCUUCUGCAGCUGGGGUCUACAUCUUCAUUCAGAGCAUAGCAGGACUGGCUGGACCGCCCCUUGCAGGUUUGUUGGUGGACCAAAGUAAGAUCUAUAGCAGAGCCUUCUACUCCUGUGCAGCUGGCAUGGCCCUGGCUGCUGUGUGCCUCGCCCUGGUGAGACCAUGUAAGAUGGGACUGUGCCAGCGUCAUCAUUCAGGUGAAACAAAGGUAGUGAGCCAUCGUGGGAAGACUUUACAGGACAUACCUGAAGACUUUCUGGAAAUGGAUCUUGCAAAAAAUGAGCACAGAGUUCACGUGCAAAUGGAGCCAGUAUGACACACUUCCUUACAACGACAGCCACUGUGUUGGCUGGAGAGGGAUGGGGUGGGCCCGACGGGGACACAAGGAGGUAGAGGAGCUAACCCCUCUACUCCACUUUCAAAACUACAUUUUAAAGGGAAUGUGUAUGUGAAGAGCACUACGAACAUCGUUUUUGUUUUGUUUUGUUUUAAGCUUUCCUUUUUGCUUGUUUUUAAAGCCAAAACAAAAAACAACCAAGCACUCUUCCAUAUGUAAAUCUGGCUGUAUUCAGUAGCAAUACAAAAGAUAUGUAGAAAGACUCUUUGGUUCACAUUCCAAUAUUAAAAUAGUGACAUAAACUGGCAAAGUGGUUUUAAAAGCUUUCACAUCGGACAAAUGAUUUUCUUUCUUUCUUUUCUUUCUUCCUAUGGUCUUGUCUGAAUAAACUACUAUCUUGAAUAAAACAACAUCCAACCCAGGUCAUUGAAAUGAAAUUGGCCAGUCAAAAAAAAAAAAAAAGACUUCAAUCAUUUAAAAAAUUCCUAAUUUUCAGAAAUAUGAAUAAAUAGUUUUUGUUAAACCUUUUGUAAAAUACCAAGGCUCCCAUUAACAAAUUACGGCCUCUGCUUGCUGGAAAUGAAGUAUAGUUUAAGACCAAACAUUUUACUAAUAAACAAAUUUUAAGUAUCUAUAACUUGAACUUCAUAAAUGUGAAGAUUACCACUUCUUUUUAUGGCCAGUCCUUACCAGAAGUAUUUCAGUACAGAAUAUACAAAAUGGCAUUUAAAAAUGUGUUUCCUGUUGCUUUUAGUUAUACAGAAAUAUGUGACUGUAGUGUCUUUAAUUUAAACCACUAUUUAUUAUUAAGUUAUUCUGGGAUGAUUAAAGUAAUCAAAAGAAAUAAAAUCGGAGACAUAA